AUCGGCUAAUGACACCCAAAUCAGCCGAUUAGCUUCCUGACCUGAGUGCGAGUCUGUGACCUCCUCCUCCCUUCCUGGUUCUUCCUGUCCACGUCCAGGUCGCCGCCGCUCGUCCAUCACCACCUCUGACCUCCCUUGAUCCCCUCCGUCCCACCCCCGCAUCCGGCCUUCGCUGCUUCUUCUCCCCCCUUCUUUAAUUCCCACUCACCGAUCGGCCUCUGGCGCCGGCGCCGGCGCCAUCGCUUUCUUCUCACCUCCCCCUCUUCCGUCGCGGCGGCGGCGCCACCACCGAGCAAACUGCGAUUCGCCGUGGCGCGCCUGACGCGCACGGAAGCGGGGAGUCCCCUCUCCCGCACUGGACGGUUCUCGGGCCUCCCGGCGAAGAACCUGGUCGGUUGUCGCCGCAGGCUGACUGCUCAUGUUGGACCCGAGAUCCGAAAUCUACCCCACCAUAGAGUAUCGCCCUAUCCAGCCGUCCGACCUCGAAGCUUUAGAGAAGAUUCAUCUAGCUCUCUUUCCCAUAAGGUACGAGAGGGAGUUCUUCUUGAACGUUGUCAACGGCCAUGGUAUUGUUUCCUGGGGCGCUGUGGACACCAGCAGAUCAGAUGACCGCAGGGAUGAGAUAAUAGGUUUUGUAACCACGAGGAUGAUCGCAGCAAAAGAUAGUGAGAUUGAGGACUUGUUUAGGUAUAACAGUUCGCGCAAAGAUCUAACACUUGUGUAUAUAUUGACACUGGGUGUGGUGGAUAGCUAUAGAAACCUUGGCAUAGCAUCGUCACUGGUUCGAGAAGUGGUUAAAUAUGCAGCAAGUAUAUCUAAUUGCAGAGGUGUUUAUUUACAUGUCAUUUCAUACAACCAACCUGCUAUCAGCUUUUAUAAGAAGAUGCUGUUUAAGCUAGUUAGAAGGCUUCCAAUGUUUUACUACAUAAGAGGGCAACAUUAUGACUCAUACUUGUUUGUGUACUAUGUGAACGGUGGUCGUUCACCUUGCUCACCACUGGAGAUUGUAACUUCAUUUGUUGUUGACUUCAGGGCUUUCGUGAAGAUGCUGGUCGCCAAGUUCUGGAGCAAAGAGGACCAUUGUAACCCGAGAUGGACCAGAUGUCAGGAAUCGAACACCCUCUUGGCCCCACAAAGCAAUAAAAGGAUCAUCAGCGGUGAUAAUACCAGAUGUCAUGUCUAAUUGUAGGUGCUGUCAUGAUGUUUUCUCUUGUUUUUUUCUUUUCUAUUUUUUGGGAAACCGAAGUUUGGAGAGACAGUCGCAUGUGAUGCUGUUGUACACUUCUGAUACGGGUACAUAAUUUCUCAGUAGUUAUAGUCACAUUCAUUGUAAAGAGAGAAAGGGGGAGGAGAAGUUAAACUUUCACCUGCUUCUGAUAACGUUGGCAGUUACGUGCAUUGUUGAAAUGUUGUGUUGAUUGAACUGAA